UCAUGACCUGAGCCGAAGGCAGUCACUUAACCAACUGAGCCACCCAGGCGCCCGAGAUAAACUUUCUUCUUUGCAAGUGCCAAUAGUAUCCAUUUUCCUCCACACCCAGAAGUGGAAGCUGCUGCUAGCUAGCGCCGUAUAGUCCAAUUGGCUCACUAGCGGCGUGGCAUCUGCGUCUCCCUCGGGUUCUCCGCAUCUUUCCUGGCCCUUUAGUACAGUUAGAGUAGUACCAGGGUCAGCGCGCCUCUUUUCCCAUCUAGUCUACCAAGUGAGGAGGCAGGGCUGGUUAAUUCUGAAGAAGCUUUCUUUCACUGAAACUCAAAAUGCUCCCUUACACCUAUAAUGUCUUACCCCCAACCCUACCUUUCAAAGACCUCCGACCUGAGACGGAGAUUCCGCACGCCGGCUCAGAGCGGAGGGCACGCCCCACGCACCGCCCGCACGCCCAGCGCUUCGGCUCCCUGCCCGCAGGAAGGAGCCACAUCUCGCGCGAUUCCUCCCACCUCUCGCGACACUUCCUGCCAGUCUCCUGCGGCCCUCCUUGCCCCACCCAUCGCUUCCACGCCGCGGUCCUCGCUACCUCACCUUUGCUCUCAGUAGCCGGACCCGCUGCUCGCCCGCUGGGAGCGCAGUGGAGCCCAGUGUUGGGCACGAGCCCGGCGGGGCCACAGGCUCCGCCCUGCUGCGCCCCGCCCCGCCUGCGCUCGGGGGAAAGGCCGCCGCGGGGACAUGUCGUGCCCCCCUCAGCGAGGGCAGGAGUGUGUGAGAGGCAGCGGAGCUGUCAGGGCUGGAAGCGGGAGGAUGCAAGUCCCCGAGCUCUGAGGUCCCAGAUCUGGGCUGCAGGAGGCCCAGGGUCGUGGGGGAGAGGGACGCGCCAAGGUGGCGGAGAGAGCGAAAUGUCAUCAGUGGAAUCACACCAGCAACAAUUGUCCCAGUCAGAUCCAUCCCCGUCACCAAACUCAUGUAGUUCCUUUGAACUACUAGACAUGGAUGCUGGCAGUUUGUAUGAGCCAGUUUCUCCUCAUUGGUUUUAUUGUAAAAUAAUAGAUUCUAAGGAGACAUGGAUUCCUUUCAACUCUGAGGAUUCACAGCAGCUAGAAGAGGCAUAUGGUUCUGGAAAAGAUUGUAAUGGGAGAGUUGUCCCCACUGAUGGGGGCAGAUAUGAUGUGCAUUUGGGGGAGAGGAUGCGGUAUGCUGUAUACUGGGAUGAGCUAGCAUCGGAAGUGAGACGAUGUACCUGGUUUUACAAGGGAGACAAAGAUAAUAAGUAUGUUCCCUACUCAGAGAGCUUCAGCCAAGUAUUAGAGGAAACGUACAAGCUUGCUGUAACUCUGGAUGAGUGGAAAAAGAAACUGGAGUCUCCCAACAGAGAAAUUAUUAUAUUACACAAUCCAAAGCUUAUGGUGCAUUACCAGCCAGUUGCAGGGUCUGAUGAAUGGGGUUCAACACCCACUGAACAGGGUCGACCAAGAACAGUGAAGAGAGGGGUUGAGAACAUCUCUGUUGACAUUCAUUGUGGAGAACCUUUACAAAUAGAUCACUUGGUUUUUGUAGUCCAUGGGAUUGGACCAGCUUGUGAUCUCCGCUUUCGAAGCAUUGUACAGUGUGUUAACGAUUUUCGCAGUGUUUCCUUGAACCUGCUACAGACACAUUUUAAGAAAGCCCAAGAAAAUCAGCAGAUUGGGAGGGUAGAAUUUCUUCCAGUCAACUGGCAUAGUCCUUUGCAUUCUACUGGUGUGGAUAUAGAUCUGCAGCGAAUAACUCUGCCCAGCAUUAACCGCCUAAGGCACUUCACCAAUGACACAAUUCUGGACGUCUUCUUCUACAAUAGCCCCACCUACUGUCAGACUAUAGUGGACACAGUUGCUUCUGAAAUGAACCGAAUAUAUACACUUUUUCUUCAGAGGAACCCUGAUUUCAAAGGGGGUGUAUCCAUUGCCGGUCAUAGCUUAGGUUCGCUUAUAUUGUUUGAUAUACUAACAAAUCAGAAAGAAUCUUUGGGGGAUAUGGACAGUGAAAAGGAUGCACCAAAUAUUGUGGAUGAAGGAGACACACUGACUCUAGAGGAAGGUUUGAAGAAACUUCAACUCUCUGAAUUCUUUAAUACCUUUGAGAAGGAGAAAGUAGAUAAGGAAGCUCUGGCUUUAUGUACUGACAAAGAUCUUCAGGAAAUGGGAAUUCCCUUAGGACCAAGAAAGAAGAUAUUAAACUACUUUAGGACCAGAAAAAAUUCAAUGGGUAUUAAUAGACCAACCCUGCAGCCAGCUUCAGGGGUGACUAUAUCUAAUAUCCCCAAAGAAUCAGGCUUCUGCAGUAAAACCGACGCUACUGGAAAUGGUGACUAUCUGGAUGUUGGUAUUGGGCAGGUGUCUGUAAAAUACCCCCGGCUCAUCUACAAACCAGAAAUAUUCUUUGCCUUUGGAUCUCCCAUUGGAAUGUUCCUUACUGUCCGAGGACUUAAAAGAAUCGAUCCCAACUAUAAAUUUCCAACAUGCAAAGGUUUCUUCAAUAUCUAUCACCCUUUUGAUCCUGUGGCCUAUAGGAUUGAACCGAUGGUGGUCCCAGGAGUGGAAUUUGAGCCAAUGCUGAUCCCACAUCAUAAAGGCAGGAAGCGAAUGCACUUAGAAUUGAGAGAGGGCUUGACCAGAAUGAGUAUGGACCUUAAGAACAACUUGCUAGGUUCACUGCGGAUGGCCUGGAAGUCUUUUACCAGAGCUCCAUACCCUGCCUUACAGGCUUCAGAAACUACAGAAGAAACUGAAGCAGAAUCUGAAUCAAGUUCAGAGAAGCUGAGUGAUGUUAACACAGAAGAGACCCCUGUGGCAGUUAAAGAAGAAGUCCCACCCAUCAAUGUGGGAAUGCUGAAUGGAGGACAGCGCAUUGACUACGUGCUACAAGAGAAGCCCAUUGAAAGUUUUAAUGAAUAUUUAUUUGCUUUACAAAGCCAUCUGUGCUACUGGGAGUCUGAAGAUACAGUAUUGCUGGUCCUCAAAGAAAUCUACCAAACCCAGGGCAUCUUCCUUGAUCAGCCUUUACAGUAAAAAUGAACCAUGUAUGGCUGCUUAAUACGGACACUGAAGGAUCCUCCCCCAGAAAAUGCACCUGCUUGUUGCUGCAGUUUCCCUCUCCUCAGCCGCAUCAUUUCCUGCAUGUUGCCUGCCACUUACCACCGGGGUCUUUGGAAGAUAAUCUUGUUAUCUCGGACGUGAGUGAAAAAACAAAGGGAAGACCCUAUUACUUUUUACCACUGGCUUUAUAGAAGCACUCGCCACUCUUCAUAGUGGGGGUUGUUUGCAUCUUUAAUUCGGGAUGAUAGGUGCCAUCCUUUAUUGCUUAUUACUUGAGAUAGUAUAAAGUCUGUUUUGAGUUUAUUUUGGCUUGGUAGAAAUUUUUCUAGGAAAUUAUUGCUUAUCUUUAGAAAAUGUUCUAGUUUGGAAGCAGACUCCAGAGAUUCGGAAGGCAUUUUGGGGUACACUCAUCUCUCAUUGGUGUUCUCUGCAUUUGAAGGCUAAGUGGGUGUGAAAAAGAUUGUUGAGCACCUUCCUUUGAGCCAGCUUUUCUUUCCUACAAGUCCUGUGUGAGGGACUGAAAUGUAGCUUACAGAGAGUAUUGUUUACUCUCUACAGCUGACAGUUGAUGGCAAGAAAUCACUGAUGCUAUUCAUUGUUUUCCCAGCUGUUUGAGCUGCUUUCAGAGUUUACAGUGGAUAGUUUAGUUCACAUUAGGUUCAUCUUUAUAAAGCAAAGAUAUUAUCUAUCCUAGACCCAUCCUUUUAUAUCAUGCUCAAAUGGGGAGACUCUAGAUGAAAUCUGACUUAGUUGAUAGUAGCUUCUGUUCUUAAGUUGAGGGCAAAGUUAUAAAGGCUGGCAAACCUGAAAUCACACAGCCUUGACCGGCUAAAGGCUUUGGUUAUGAAUAAAAUCUCUCAGUAGUACAUUUAAGGUGAAAUAGAAUUUGUGAGUCAGCCACCAUAUCCACUUGGGUGAAGGCAGUAUUGUGUGUCCUCUUUGAAAACAUUUUGUAAACACCAUUGCCUGCUUAGGUACCCAUAAUCCAGAAAGCUUAUUUAGCAGCCCCAUGGCCCAGGCAGUGUUGGCUGGGCAGGUGGCUUUGGCUGGGGGAAAGCCUUCUUAUUCUGAAAGAAAAACCUAUGCCUGUAGGAGUGGAGGAACAGCCAGUGUGGAGUCCACGUCAGAACAUGCAAAGUGAGGUGUACCUUGAAGACGGGUGCAUAUAGACUGAUUUUUUCCAGGGCAUCUGCUCGCCACUGUGCUGUAUUUUCUUUCUCAUUGGUCAGAGUUUGUCACUGACCUUGCAGUUCUCUUUGUGAUAGUCCUUUACCCUCCACUCCAACCUCCCCAUAGGCCUCUCUGUUUAUAGAGUGGCCGAGGCAGGCAAGCUGUGUUUUGUUUUUUAUAAAAAAUGAUUUGUAAAUAUAUCAUGGUAUCCAGUGCAUUGGCAUUUAACAUUCACUUAAGCCAUCCCUUUGACAGCAGUGGUGUCUAUCCCUUUCGAGAGAGAAAAGGAAAGGGAAGGUUAAUCACCGUCACCCUAGAGAUGGUAGAGGUAAGGCUGGGGUACAGGACCCAUGCCUGGCCUUUACUUGUCCAUCUGCUUAUAGACUAAUGCUAAGCCACUAAGAAGCGUCAGAUAUAUGGAAUACUUUUAUUUUCUUUACUAUAUAAACUGAGUUUGAGUAAGGGUUACUGAAUAUUAAGUAGCAUUCAAUUAUAUUUUAAAGGGGAAGCUUUUGUCAAGUUGUUGUCUUCAAAUUUAAAUUUAUUCUUCGUAUUAGCAGAAUAGAUACUAUUUAAGAGUAAAACAAAGGAUAAGCAAGAAUGAGUCCCUGUAACCAAAGAUGACAGCAUAACCCUGGAUACCUAGAUAAACCACUGUUGGUACUAAGAAAUGUUUUCUGAUGGUGAGGGGCAGGCAACUGUAAAGGAGCUUUGUAUCUUGUCUCUCCACCUAUGGUAUCAUCAUGGUUGUAUAGUACACAGGAUAGUAAGUUUGAUUUAAAUUCUUAGCUGUAUAUUAUUUGCACUACUUCAGUUGUAUCAUGUGCAAUCUCUUGACCAAGCCUAUUUUUUAAACUCUGUGGAGUAUCAUUUUAUACAUAUUCCCUGCUACAGAAUUUGUAUUGCUUAGCUCAGCAAGAGAUUGUCUGCAUGGAAAUAUUAAUAGCACUGAUGAGCUUUCUAAUAUUUUGCACUUUUUGAAAUGUUUUUUACAUGAUUCUAUUUAAAAGUUUACGAAAUACUGAAAUAAAACCAUAUUGACCAGUUGCCUACUUUUA